AUGUGAGUAUGAAAGAGAAAGUUGUUCAAAAGUUGCCAUAAAUUAAUUGUACAAAUAUCAUUUCUCUUUAUUUAAUUGGGAUUGGUGAAUACUAGACCUUGUUGUCCAAGAGGUGUCAGCUCAAAGCUUGACUUUGUAGCCUAAAGGGACAUGGUUCAAACCAUCCCACUUGAGAAAGUUGUAAAAUGGCCAUUAGUGCCACUCUUAUUCCCUUCUAUGUUUUUUUAAAGGUCACUCAUUGUUGGUUUUGGUUAAGCCAAAUGCUCUUUUAUUUUUGUUUAAUUCCUUUACUAGAAGUAGAGUUGUCUCUGGGAAGAGCAUGUAUAGUUUUUGCAAUGUUCGGGUGACAUAAUUAUUUUUGUGUUACUAUUGUUAAUUUAGAGUCAUUUCUUAAUUUUGUUUAUUUUUAUUAUUAUUUAAAUUUCUUCAUGUUUUAGUUAUGGAUUUUCUUCUUUUAUUCUUUAGUUUCAACAUUUAAUAAAUGUUAGUUUGCUUACUAUGCUAUGCCUGAUCCUCUCUUGGAUGGUAAAAUUUUCACUGAUGAUUGAUUUUUUGAGAAUCCAAACUAGCUUUUGUCAAAGUUUUCUUUAGGUUAUAAUCAUUUAUGGGCAAGUUUGAAACUUUUUCUACACAACUUUUUUUUUAUGCGUAUAUUGGAAAUGAGUUAAGCUUUGACAGUUUAUGAAAAUCAGAUAUGUCAUUAGGUGUUUAUUUUGAAGGAUUUUUUGGAUCAUAGGAAAAGUUGUAGAGAUGUAUUUGUUUUGUUGGGAAGUUGGUGUCAUCAAAGACCACAUCAAUAUCUUUAUGAUUAUGAGUUUACUUGGACUUCUUUUGUAAAAUUGUAGAGCAUAAAUAUCCACAUUCGGGAAAUUGGAAAAUUUAUAGUACAUGCAACAAUACGAUGCUAAAGCAACCUUCAAACUUUGUUUUAAUGUCAUAUUCUAUUAUGUUUUGUUUGUAUUGUUGCAAUAUUUACAUGUGGAGUUGUUUCAAAUCACUUGCUUUGCCUUAUAGGGAAUGCUCUUAUUGACUAACUCUCUAUCUUUAUUAUUAUUUCAACAUUAUAUUAUUAUGAUAAACACAUGAUACUAGUUCAAUAUUCUCAAAUGUUUUAAACAUCCGGGGACUGCCAAAUAUUAUUAUUGCUAAAGGCUAGAGCUAUAUUUACAUUUGAACUGGAGCUUUUAUAUUUGACCACGUGUAUACAGAUUAUCAUUUAGAAUAUAGAAAUGGACACAAAACUAGCAAAGACAUUGGAUGGAGCUGCACUCAAUAAGAAGCGAGAGCAUGCUACCCGAUGUGUUGCAGAUGAUAGCAACGAUAAAGUGGGCAGUGAAAAUACUGUUGUAGAUAUUAAGCAAGAGCCAGAUGUAAAUUUAGAUGCUUAUACUGAAUAUGCUUUUGAAAAUCUGGAUGUGGAUUCUGUACAAAGGAUGUUUCUUACAGGAAUGACUUUUUUGGGCUUUAUCGAGUCUGACAUAGUUGAGGUUUACCGCAACUCAGGAAAGUCAAUGCAAAUACGCCUUGAUUUAUUCAAGAUGCAAGUUGAUAUUACAAAAGAAGUUAAAGGGGAUGCUAAUGUUCGGUAUGCGUGGUUUGCUUCUUCUAAAGAGGAACUAUCAACAAUGAUGGAACAUGGAUUUAGUCACUAUGAACUAUCUCCACCCAAAUGCUUAUAUGGCUUUGGUGUUCAUCUUGCAACUCUUCCUCACCCUUAUGUCUGUUCACUUUUUUGUGAUGUUGACGAAAAUGGGACUAAAUAUUUGGUCUUAUGCCGUGUCAUAAUGGAGAAUAUGGAGCUUCUUCGUCCUAAUAGUGAUCAAGUUCGUCCAAGUGGUUAUGAGUAUGAUAAUGGGGUGGAUAACAUUCAAUGUCCAAAGUACUAUGUUGUUUGGAAUAUAAAUAUAAACACGCAUAUCUAUCCAGAAUUCGUUGUUAGGUUCAAAUCCUCUUUGGAAGCUGAAGGUGAUGUAACGUUCCUUUAGAAUUUUCCCCCCUCGUGUGGGAGUGUUAGACAUAUAGUUAUCUAUAAAAGAAAACAUGGUGUACAUGUCGGCAUUACAUAAAUGUCAUUGAAUCAUGAAAGAGUUAAUUAUUGGCAAACCAAUUAACAUGUAAUUCUUUUCAACAUAUUAACU